AUGGCAAACCGUGGUCCACGAAAGGCAGUCAUCGUCAUAACUCUAUUUUUCCUCCUUCUCUCAUUACAGGCAUUCAUUGCAUUCCUCUAUAAUGAUGCUUUUACAGCAUUCGAGUCCAAUGGGUAUCCCUCUGAUACAUCGUUGAACGUCACUGCCGCCGUAAAGCCGCAUAGUCCAGAUGACACAGCUGACAAUGAGUCUCUGCGCUACAUCCCACACAGCACCAUACAGACAUGGAGGGAGCGUGACUACCUCAUUGUGUUUGGGAUCCUGUCUAUUGACAUUGAGGCGAGGCGGAGACACCGUUAUCUGCAGCGGACUACGUGCUGGCAGUUCCCCGGUGUUGCACGGAGGGCGAAUAACUUCACUGGGGCCAUGUUGGUGUUGUAUGUACUUGCACGGCACCCAUCACAUGGCUAUAACUUUUCCGCUGUACUACUGGAGGAGGCUGAUGAGUGGCAUGAUGUGAUUACGUUUCAUAAAAAUGAAGGACGAUCUACGACAGAGAAGACCGUUACUGGGGUGGGUUAUUGGGGUACCGAAGCUGAGAUUGGUAUGAGUCGUAAGGUGUACUUUUGGUUUGAGUUGGCACUGCGAGUAUUCCCGAAUGUGAACUACAUUUCGAAGGGAGACGAUGACAUGUUCCUGCGAGUACCACAGUUCCUCGCUGAUCUGCGUACACUACCCAGGCGCAGAGUGUAUUGGGGAGUUCCGAUAGGUUGGAAAGCGCGGAAGGGAAGCAAGAAUGUUGGAUUUCGUUUUGCGGGUGGAAUGUGCUAUACCCUCUCAAAGGAUGUGGCACAGCAGUUUGUUUCUUACAACCCCAUACAGCGGUUAGUGAACCUACCGUAUAGUAAUGAGCGGGAACCCGAGUUUUUCUCAUUUAGUAUGCAUCGUGAAGAUGUAUUUGUAGGUCAUAUUCUAUACCUUGAGUUGAAUGGACGAAAAUGUGAUUUUUUUGCAGAAUCACCAUGCCGUUUUCAUAAUUUUUACAAUAAAGAAGGUGUUUCUGCGGUCACGUCGAGUUCUGUUGUUAUUCAUAAGUUGCCGGAGGCUGACUAUAUUAAGUUGAUGAAGCAGUUCAGUGUUAACAACACUUACCUUCCAAAGGUAAAGGUGCUGCGCGGUCGUGGAUACGUUAGGAUUUCCUGCUGA